AUGAGUCGCAAGUCCAGUUGCAAGCACUCGUACAUCUCGCUGAUGAAAAUGGCGAUCCUGUCAUCGUCCACCAAGAGAAUGGCUUUGAGAGAAAUCUACCAGUUCCUGAAGGAAAAACACAAUUUCAGCGACCACGACAAGCAUUGCUGGCAAAACACGGUGCGCCACACUCUCAGCUCCAACAGCUGCUUCGUCAGGGAAAAGCGUCCCAUAGGCAGCGGCAGCGACUGGACCCUCAACUUGGAUUUGGAGGUGCCCAAGAAAAAAUAUCGCAGCGUUGCGAGGAAACUCGACCUGACGACGUCCGACGACGACUCGUCCACGGAUUCAUUCCAGCAGCUCGGCGCCAGCAGGUUGAAACGCAAGAAAUCGAUCAUCCAACUGAUCACGACGGCCAUCCGGGAGUCGCCCAGGAAGAUGCUGACCCUGAGCGAAAUCUACCAGUUCUUACUGCAAGCCGAACCUUCCGGUAAGGUUGACGACCUGGGCAAAUGGCAGAACUACGUGCGGCACGCGCUCAGCAAAAACGAGUGUUUCGUCAAAGUGCCGCGUCCUUCUAACGAGUCAGGGUGUGGUUGUUACUGGGCCUUGAACCCUGACCCUUCGCCUAAUUGUCGUAGGACGUUAUUCAAGGUUGAGGAGCAGCAGAAUCUGCAGGUUCAAGAGCAGUACGCAGGCGUGGACCAGGCGCAACCCGCCAUGAUUAACAAUUUCGAGAUGGUUGCGUGCUAUGACGAAAGUGCUGCUCAAUUCCAACCUGUUGAUCAGAAUUUCCAGAAUUUCAUGGUCACUGAUGUUGACCUCAAUAACUCGACCUUUGACCACAUCAACCAGGAGCUCCAGCAAAGGGAAUUGUCCUAUUAUGAUGACCCAACGAACUAUAUCUACUGGUUUAAUUGUUGA